UGACGACAAUAAUAAUAAUGGCGAUGUUAUGGUAUAUUUAUUAAUAAAUGAUCUAUAUUUAGUAAUAAACUAUUUCAGAGGUAUCCAUGACCAAUGCGGAAGAUUGCAAGAAUAUUUUAGGUCUUUAGUUUUGAUUCCCAACUUUCUCCGACUGAUAUGCUACGCUGGAACACGUUGGUUACGAUAUACAAGUAAAGUAUUGGAAAAUGAAAAAUUUUUACUCAAAGUUCAUAGACGUGUGGAUGAUAGUCAUCAAAUUUUAAUCAGAGGUAUCCAGAGAAACUAUAACAAUAUUACCUUUUUGGUGCAAAAAAUCAACUCACAGAAGAUAGAAUGAAAGAUUACCAACCAACUGUAAAUGCAUCCCCUGAGACAACUAAAUUAUCUACUGGUACAUCCAAGUCUACUGGGGAUAAGUUAAUGUCUGGAAAAUCCAAGUUUACUAAAGAUAAUCCUGCAACAUUUGAAACGAAUGAUGAGCCUGGAACUUCAAGGUCUACUGAUGACAGAUCUGAAACAUCAAAGCCUAUCGAAAUGACUGCUGGACCAUCCAAAUCUAUUGAUGAUAAUAAUACUGGACCACCGAAGCCUACAUUUAGGGAUGAUGAUAGUGAUUAUUUGUGGGCUUAUGAUGAUGAUGAGCAUGAUGAUGAUGAUGAUGAUGAAUUUGACGAACUCUUCGCCGUUGAUUAUCAUGAUGAUGAAUUUGACGAAGUCUUCGACAUUAAUCAUCCCAAUAAUCAUUUUCAUUUAGAUAGAAAUGAAGGCGUUAAUGGAACCCCUUUAUUUCCACAGAGCCCUGAAGAAGAGUCAUUAUGUGAGAUUUGCUAUGAUCAUAGAACUGUACGUAAAAGAUUAUGUUGUGAAACACGUAUUUGUUCUCAAUGUUUAAAUACAUAUUUAGAAGGGCGAGUUAACGAUGGUCAUGUAAAGAUUGGAUGUCCGGAUUCACUGUGUGAUUCUUACAUACAUCGUGAUGAGAUCCUUGCAUUGUUACCACUUGAUUUAAAGGAGAAGUUCUAUCGUUACCUGAUUGAUGCCAAUAAAGAUCCCUGUAUUAAAACUUGUCCACGGUGUAGCCAUGUUAAACAUGUUAGCAUGGAUCAACUAGAAAAUAAGAUUGUUAAGAAGAAAGGUCUGGAAGUAAUGUGUGAGAAAUGUGAAUUACAGUGGUGUUUUCCCUGUCAGGCUCCGUGGCAUGAAAUGAUCUCAUGUAAAGAAUAUCGUAAAGGUGAUCGCAUGUUACAAACCUGGGCACAUCAACAGAUGAACGGCCAGCUUAAUGCUCAAAAGUGUCCCACAUGUAAAAUAUUUAUUCAGAGGGUAUCCGGUUGUGAUAACAUGAGUUGUUCUUCCUGUCAUACAAGCUUCUGUUAUCGAUGUGGUAAACGUUUCCGCAGUCUAAAAUUAUUGGGCAACCAUUUUAGUCGUUUCAGUCCACUAGGAUGUAAAUAUAAUUUAUUACCUAAUCGACCAGGAACCAGACGCUUUCUGCGGGGAGUGGUUUUUGGUGGUAAGUUAUUGGGUGGUGCAGUAUUAGCCAGUUUAGCAUUGGCCGCCGGAGCUGUAUUGGCCGGAUCCUGGUUUAUUAUAGUACCAGCUGUUGUGGGAUAUAAACUACACAAACGACGGAGACAUCGUCGACGACAACAAACAAUACAGAAUAGAAUGCUUCAUGACCAUGCACAUGAUUUAGCAAGAAAUAUACGGGAAGAACAAUUUGACAUGGGGACACAAGAGUUAGAUUUAGAUGUAUAUGAGAAUCUCAACAGUACAGAGAACUGGACAAUGCUGACUCGUCUGGAAGACUCACAGGAAGUAGAAGUACUGGUUCAUAGUUCAACGAAUGCUGCCAUUGCUUCCGAUAAAACCAUCUCGAAAGACAGAACGGAAAAUACUGUUGUAACGUUUACUAAUGUUAGAGAGGAAACCAACGAGGAAGGAUACACCCGGGUUGUGGCUCACAUUGUUGCAAAAAACGCAGACGACAACGAUGUAAAGAACGCAGAUGUGAAGCAAGAUUUGACAAAUCAGAGAAAAUUAUCAAAAGAUUCAACAUCAAGUUUCAAAGAGGAUAAAACUGACAUAGCAAGAAAGUUAUCUUUGAAUGAAUCUGAAUUAAUUGAUGGCGAAAAUCCGGAACUCAGUAGUGAUACGAAUGGAUGUUUCGUUAAUAUUUUCAGUAAAAAAUGGCAGGCACACGAUACCUUGCCAAAAACAUUUAUCGCAUCCAAGUUUAAAUCUAGUACAUGGGAGAAAAGUGGGAAAAAACGUGACAACAUCGAUAUUAGGACAUUUUCUAAUUUUUUCGCGAACCAGUCAGAGAAAGCUACCACGUCAUGUGAUACUAAUGAUGUCCCAGAAUGCAGUAGUUCAGAAAAGGAAGUAUUUAAACUACCAACAGAUUAUGUUACUUAUCUGUGAUGAUGCACAAAUUUUAUUUCAGAUUAAUAAGUUAUAGUUACAGACAAUAUUAAGAGUUACUUCUAAAAGCCCAUUAAUAUUUAGAAAUUAAAUGGGGUUUAACGUCCUACUUUUCUGCACCAACCAUGCUAAAGAAGAUUGGCAUAUGCCAUGAAGUGUGCCAAUCUGAUUAAAAUACAGAUCUAUAUUUUUCGUUUCGAUUUUUUAUACUUUCAAUGGCCUCUACUACAUGAAGAUCUGACCGGUUGUAGUGGAAGGUCAUGUCAGAGGUCAUAAGAUCGGCUUUUGACCCUAUGAUGUCAGACAUUUGAUUAAUCAAUCUGUAUUGAUGUUUCUAGUUGUAACUUGUUGUAACAGACCGUUUCAUUGUCCACGCAACAAUUUCCUCAUACUGUAGCACACUUCCAAUCCAAUUAAAACACAGACCCUAUUUCGUUUCGUUUUUUAUAGUUUAAAAUUUCGUUUUACUUGUCUUUACUACACUAGGAUCUGGAAGAGUUGUUAUAUAACCCACCGAAUCCCAACUGCCAAGGGGUCCUUUACAUGCACGUCAACGUACACACAAGGCCUUGGAUUUUUCAACCCAUCUGAAUGACUAGAUACUGUUCCUUGCCAGGCCCUUGGUUGUGCAUCACCCAGAUAUUUAGAAUAUGUUAUAUGUAUAACACAACAAGUAUGAUAGUAGCCUACUAUAGGGACCAUGAACCAAGUAUUAAUCAUCAUCCUCAUCUUGGAAUUGUGACAUCAUAUAAAAAUCGAUGCCGUCAACCCCUUGCAAUUAUACAAGGAACAAGCAUUUACAGAGCCUUUGGCUUUUGUCAAAGAGAGUCGCCCCCAAGACGAAAAAGAACAAGAUGAGUACCGCUUGGGGCCCAGCUCCUGGUUCAAUAAAUCUAGUGUGCAUUAACUUCUUGUUUUAUAUUUAUAUUCUACGACUUUGAUCUGUGAUCAUUACCGUGAUUAGUUUCUGUGAUAUUAAUUUAUGUCAGAUAUAUAAUUAGAUGUAUAUAAUUAACCGGUUAAUGUCAAGUAUUUAAUUAGCCGAUUAAUUCAAGUAUGUAAUUAGCUGUAUAUAAUUAACCAGUUAAUUUUAGGUAUAAAAUUAGCUGGUAAAUUCAUGGAUAUAAUCUGCUGGUUAAAGUAUAUAAUUACCCGGUUAAUGAAAGUAUACGAUUACCUGAUUAAUUAAGGUAUAUAAUUAGCUGUAUUUAAUUAACCGGUUAAGUAUAUAAUUAACCAGUUAAUGUCAAGUAUAUGAUUAGCUGGUUAAUUUAAUUCAAGGAUAUAUUUAGCUGGUUAAUUCAAUUAUAUAAUUAGCCGGUUGCUUCAGUUAUAUAAUUAGCUGGUUGAUUCAAGUAUAUAAUCAGCCGGUUAAGUAUAUAAAUAAUCAGUUAAUGUCAAGUAUGCCGGUUAAUUCAAGUAUAUAAUCAGCUGGUUAAUUCAAGUAUAUAAUUAUCUGGUUAAAUAAUUAACCAGUUAAGGUCAAUAUAUAAUUGACCACUUAGCAUAUGUACAUAAUCAGCUAGUUCAAAUGUAUAAUUAAACAGCAUUUUAACAAACUGUUAAUUUGUAAUUAGGUUUGUAACUGAUCUAGAGGGUAACUAUAUAACUUGUCUUUUAUCCAUUUUUCAUGUGAUUUCUACAUAUUUAAUCUGAAAUCUUGCCUGGUGACAGAAGUAUUUAGUCUAGUGUCACUUGACUGCAUUUGUCAACAUGGAAAGGUGUGAAAAUACAUUUAAUAAUCCCCUGUUUUGUCACAUAUUUUAGCAUGUUAUUUAAUCUGAAAUCUUUCCUCGUGACACAAAAUUAUGCCAUUUUUAAUGUUGAUAAAAUGGAAUGCCGUGAAAUGCACAAUUGCCACAAAUUUUCCCAGCACAUUUUCCAGUAUAAAAUAUCUCCUCGUUUUAUUUCUGAAAACAUUAUUUAAUCCGAAACUUUGGACAGCACAAAUUUUAUGUACACAAUUGACUGGCAUAAUUUACCGGUCUCUCCUUCAAAGGUCUGAUGCACAAUUUAGUGCUGUAAGAAUCCCUUGCAGGCUACAAUAAUGCAAAAGUUGAAUCUCUAAUAGACAUAUCAGCCCAAAAAUGGUUCAUUUCUUUCAGUAUUUACAAAUUUAUGUUAAAUUGAAGUUUCAUCGAUCUGUGCUGCUCAAGCGUAAUAAUACCCCACUAUCCUGAUGGACUUAGUUCAAGACCCCACUAUCCUGAUGAACUUAGUUCAAGACCCUACUAUCCUGAUGGACUUAGUUCAAGACCCCACUACCCGAUUGAAUCCAAGCUGGGAGGUUAUCUAAAGUUGAUACAUGUACUUUGAUUUUGUUUUCUUAUUUAAAUGUUAAAUAAUCAAUCUGAGUACAUAUUUAGUGUGCAUUAAGCUUUGAGAAAUUAGAUAUUUUAGCAAAAAUGCAAAUGGGGAUCAGGACUUUAAAAUACAGAUUUGUGUUUGUAAUAUAUAUGUAUGUAUUUUUUGUAUACUUGUAGACAUUUAUUGAUUGAGACUUUAAGUCAGGGUUUUUUUUAAAACUAAAAUAUGUGUUUUGUUAAUGAUAAUGGUUGUUUUAAUAUUUGUAAAUAUUUAUUAUUAUUGUUGUGUGUUUUGGUGUGUAUAUUUGUUGUUUCUUUCACUUAAAGUGACUAUUUACAAAGAAUUGACACAAAUUAUGUACUGGAUACUAGUGCAUCAAAAUGCAAAUAGAUUUAGUAGUCUUUCUCUGCAAUUCUUAUAUAUAUAUAUCUGUCAAUUUGCUAUUAAUUAGUCUUAUACCUUAAGUAUUAAAAUAUUUUAAUUGUAUAAAUGAAAUGAACUCACUGUUGUUACCGAUACUUUCACUCUUAAAAGAGAAUUCCCAGAAAUACUUAGUGAAUAAAACUUUAUAAUCGUGCACAA